AAUCAAAGAUGAAGAGGGCAAGAAAUUCAAGAGCCACAAUAUCAAAUUUGAUUUUCAUGUGCUUGUACGAAUCAAAGAAGCAACGGUAAAUCUUUCCUCUGACUCAUGGAGUUGGCACUGAAGGAGAGAAUAGAAGCAAAGGUAGAACAGGCAGAAGGAGCUAGCACAAAACCUGAAGCACAAAGAGAGGGAAGUGUUAAAGAUCUUUGGAAGGCUUUUCAAAUUGCAUUUCAGGUUUAUACAUUUACAGGAGGGAUUGAUGAGCGAGUAGAUCGGCUGACCCGAGAAAUAGCUCAAGAAAUUGAGAAAGAUCCUCUAACACCUUUCUCUACCAUCCUAAUCUUCUUGGAAGGAAGGCCUCGUUCUCAUUAAAAAAAAAAAAAUGGAGACGAACUUGAACUUUUCUAAUUCUUUUGAAAGAGUUCAAAAUAGAAAAUGGAGGCAAAAAUCAAUCCAUUAGUUGUGUUACAAGAACCCAAACUCAAACUUUUCGGGUCAAUCAAGCAAUCCAUGAAAG